CAUCACAUAGGUUGUAAUCAUUUUAUUGUCUAUGCAGCCUCAAAUGGGUAAGAUCAAAUUCUGUCAGUGGUGUGGUGGCUCUACAAAGCAUGCUGUUCCUGAUGGAGAUGAACGAGAAAGAGCUAUUUGCACAAUCUGCGGCAAAGUUGCGUACCAAAAUCCAAAAAUGGUUGUUGGUUGCCUUGUUGAACAUGAUGACAAGGUUCUACUUUGCAAGCGUAACAUUCCACCGAGUCUUGGCCUUUGGACGCUUCCUGCAGGCUACAUGGAAACUGGGGAGUCUGCUGCAGAAGGGGCAAUUAGGGAAACUUGGGAAGAAGCAGGUGCAGAGGUGGAAGUAAUAUCACAUUUUGCUCAUUUGGAUAUCCCUCGUAUUGGGCAAAGUUACAUAAUUUUUAGUGCACGGUUGAAGAAGCCUGAGUUUUCACCUGGUCCCGAGUCAAUGGAGUGCCGGCUUUUUAAAAUUGAAGAUAUACCAUUUGAUUCUCUGGCUUUUUCGUCAAUGCUGGUAGCACUGAACUUGUAUGUUCAAGACAUCAAGUCUGGGAAAUUGAAGUUUCACUUUGGUACUAUAAACAAGAGAGAAGGUGCUGGUCCCUUUGAUAUUCACGCCCACACACUGGAUUCCCAUGUCACAACUGAUGAUUCCCUUUGCCAUUCUUUCUUUGUAAAGUAGCAAAACAGAGGAAGAAUAGUUGCAGAUAGAAUGCUUUGAAGGUCGGAAUUGGAAUUCUUUUUCAUAUUUCUGUAGGAGGGAAAAUGGAACUUAUAGCUCUAAAAGGUUUAAUGAACAAGGUCAACUGCUAAUGAAGAUCAGGAUGGGGCCAUGGGUUACUCUUUGCAGACGUUUGUAAGGAUGUUAUGAUUAUUUCCCUGGCGAUUACCAGAUAAAUGUGUUACUGUUUCUUUCAUAAAUUUGUAACUGUUGAUUUAAUUACUUUUGUACAUUGUACUGCUCAUUUUACGAAUGAAUGGAAAGAGAAAAUUGUGCUUUUCUUUUUUC